CGGCAGCCGCGGCGAGCGCAGCACAGAAUCAUUCUUGAAAACGCGCGCGAACCUUUCGCACCACCAGACCGCAGCCUGAGAUACAAAUUCGCAAAUUCGCAAAACUCAAUCCGCCAUUCGCCAUCCGCAAGUCGCAAGCUGAAAAAAGACUCCAACACAAAAAGCCCCCGAGAGCCGAAAAGUGCAAGUGAAGUUCGGAAAUCAAGCGAGAAGGAGGAGUGCGGAGUAUAGCUCGUGAGUGGAAGUGGAAGUGGGUAGUGGGGGAGUGCGAGUGAAAAGGAAGCCGAGGUGUGUGUAGAUUCGAAAGUGGAUUCUGAAGUAACAGUGAAAAAGUAUCUGACAGAUACACCAGCCAGUCAGCCAGCCAGCCAGCCAUCCAGCCCGGCCGCCCCAUCCCCGUUGAGCGCGGGAGAGCGAAUAAAAACAAAUUAGGAACGAGGCCUAGUAGCCCAAAUUCGUGCUACCAAAGCCAGCCAAGAAGUUGGCCGACAAAAGAUCAAGCAAAAAUUUGAAUAAUUAAAAAUAAACACGCGGCGCGUUAGUGUGUGCGUGUGCGUAUCCGUCAGAUACGCGUUCGCUGACGCAUUUUGUGCCGCAGUCGCUGCCACUGCCGCUGACUACCGUUAUAGCUGCCGCUGCUUCAACCGCUGCCGGCCGGCGUUUUGUGCCCAAUUAACGCACAUUCAACAAAUUGCCGCGGUCGCGGACAGAAAAGUGUGUGGCAUUAGAGUACCCACCCCAGAUACUCGGCCCAGAGCGGCCGGAAUCAAACAAAAAUCAAAAUACUAAUCUUAUCGACCAUCGCGGCCGUAAUAAAUCUUGCAAAUACGCUAACACAUAGAUACAUCGUACAUAAAUUAGCAAAAAAAUUUUGGUGUGUGCCCAAGCAAAAUAAAUAAAAUAAAAUCAAAUAGAAUAAAUAAGAAUUCGUCUCUGAGCUAGUGCAGUGCAAUAUUGUUGGGGGAAAAAGUUUAUAAAUAAAUAUACAAUAUACAAAUAACUGAAUGCAGAUGUUUGGCAUAAUAAGUGUCACAAUCAAUAGCUGAACCCGCCAGAGUGCAACAUAGUGCUAGUGCCACGGGCCGAGAUCUUGAAUUCGGACUCGAAGGAACCGAUUGAGCUGAAGAAGCGCCUGGAGGAAGUGCGUCUGCUGGAAUCGCGACGCUCCGCCCGGCUAGCAGAUCAGGAUCGCGACACGGACUUCGCCAGACUCGCCGACAUGAGUGGCGACCGCCGCAGAACCACCACACACAGUAUUGAGGUGCCAUCGCCGCUGACGCCGCAGCACAACUCACGGAAACGUCCGCCCAGCGAUCACCAGGACUACGGUCCCAGCAAGGAGGUCGAACUCAAUGCAGCCAUGAUUCUCAUGAAUCUUAAAUCCCAUGAACACAAACUUGGCGCCGACAAAUGGCACGAGCUCAGCUCGAGUCCUGGCAGCAGCUCGUCGGCCUCCUGGAGCUCCGGCUCUGCCUCGCCGCCCUUGAGCGACGACGGCCACGCCCACCACAGUCCCAUAGCCAUGUCGUCCUUGGAGGCGGCCAGCGCACGCAUACGCACAACAUCCGUGUCCACCUCGGACGAGGGAAUUGUCAGUGACUUCAAGGAGGAGCGUAAGAAAAAGGUGAGUCUGCCCCGCCUUCAGGUGCUUAAAAUCCAGCUAACUGUGAGUGCCAUGAAAUGUAUUAACCCUCAGAGUCCACCAACUACGACCGCCGUUGCAACUUCCAAAAAGUUCCGCUGUCUUUAUGGGGGCUGCGACUACACAGAUUUCGAUCACAAGAAAAUCCAGCGCCACGUCAGGAAAGAACACUUGAGAAAAAAGGCCCGCUCCGGGGAAUAUGACAGCUGCAGCGAGCAUGAGGAGGACUUCUACUACGACGAAGAGGACGAAGAGGAUGAGGAGCUGGAUAAGACUACCAACCUAGCAUCCGAACCGACGCUGAGCCACAGGGACAUGGCACGUCCGCCACACGAGGAUCCGGAAUACCAGAAACAGAUUGUGGGCAACUUCAAACAAGGACGAAGCCACUACAACCGCUUCACCUACCAGAGGGCAGAGCACCACAUUGGCGGUGGAACUGGAACCAGCAUCAGCGGCAGCAAUAGUAGCAUACCGAUCACCCACCAACAGCAGCUGCAGAACAACAACACCAGCUGCACUCCCAGUACGCACCUGGUGCACCACGACUACACCUGGCCAGCGGCGGCGGCCAUGUCUGGCGGGAUCGGUAGCAAUACCACCGGCACAGGAAACAACCCAGGAGUCAGCUCCACCUCGCCGCUCAGUAAGCAUGCGCGCUCGUCGUCCACCCGUCCGUCCCUCUCGGUAGCGCCAUAUCCAUCGCCAACGAGCGUCCAGCAGCAACAGCACCACAACAAUCCCCACACGCUCCACCACAACUAUGCGGGCAGCAGCGGAACACCAAGUAGCAGCUGUAGCAGCUCGAGCAGUCCGGUGAUUCACCGCAAUAGCAGUGCCAACAAUAUGCUGCAGCAGUUAUCGCAGCAGAAUGUGACCGUUACGGCGCACCACCACCAACAGCAGCAGCAACAUCAUCACCAACAACAGCAGCAGCAUCUCCUCUCCAGUGUGACGAUCACGCCCAAUUACAACCCGGCGCAGCAGCAUCACAGCCACCAUCAACAGAUGCGCCACCAACAGACAACUGCCGGCAACAUGGUUGCCCACAAUCACAGCAACAACCACACCAGCAACAGCAGCAGCAGCAGCAACAACAGCAGCAGCCACUCCAGUGGAAGCAUGCAUAUGGCAGUGCAGCCGGUGAAGCACACACCGCACUCACCGGGCAAGAGGACGCGAGGGGAGAAUAAGAAAUGCCGCAAGGUCUAUGGCAUGGAUAAGCGUGACCAGUGGUGCACUCAGUGCCGAUGGAAGAAGGCAUGCAGUCGCUUCGGCGACUGAAAGCGGCAGAAGUCGUCGACGGAGGCGGCAAACCAGGCGUCGGCGCACCAGUCCAAGGCAGCAGUAUCAGCAUCCGGAAAAGCAGCAAACCCAACCACAGCUCCUAUUUCAACAACAUCAGCAACCAAAAUGACAACAACGGUGGUGCGACUGGCAGCUGAAGUGGCGGCAGGCAAACAGCUUCCUGCCUCACUUACCAUCAAAACCAAUCGGCGGUACGGAGCCAGUCAGAGCCACUUUGUUGCUCAAAAUCAGCACCAUUCGUACGCGGUGACCGCCAACAGCAACACAAUUAGCAAUAGGCCAGUGCGUAUACGCAGUGUGGCUACAUCGGUGAUUGUGGCGCCAAUUUCAUCCGUACCCACCAAUGCUGAGGGAGCCGAGGAAGAAGGUAUGGAGACAGACGAUCAGGAGGAACCCGAUGCGGAAGAAGAGGAGGAGGAACAGGAGAUGGAACAGGAGGAGCUGGAGGAGGAGGAGGAGGAGCAGGUGGCCGCCGCAAACGGGUUGCUAGCCUGGAGCCGAGCAGCCGCCAGCCAACAUCAGCAGCAACAGCAGGCUGUCCAGGCCGUACUAAUGCAGGGCUAAACACCUGCGAACUGCGAUACUCCGAACCCACUGAACCACUCAAACCACUGACCCACCAUCGCCAGAGAUCGCCCCCGUAAUCCUUCUGCUGGACUGGACUGCUGGGACAAAUAGUUGCUGCCUGCCGCAGGACAAAUCGCCAAUGCUAAAUGCAUUGUGCGAAAUGCAAACGAAAAAUGGUCUCUUCUUAUUUACUCUGCAUUGAAAUGUGCACCUUAAACACGUAACGGUAUCUCUUUUGUUGUUGUGCUGGUGUUGCCAACUGCCGUGCAAAAUGUUAGCAACAUUGCAAAGCUUGCUAGUUGCAACACAAUGCACCCGGGCAACAUUUGCAAUAUACAAUAAUUUUAUUUUAUAUCAUACAUAUAUUAUAUACAUAUUUAUUUCUAAAACGACUUUGUUAAUUCUUAUGUUAAUACAUUGAAGCAGCAGCAGCAACAGAUGGCAGUUUUUUACAAACAAAAACCUUAUGUAUAUGCCAGCUGUUAUACAAUACAAUAUACAUAUACUUAUAAAACAUUACAAAAAAAUGCAAAAGAAAAAACAGAAAAAAAUAAUUCAAACAUAAACAAGAAAACAAAACAAAACAAAACCAACAACAACAACAAAACAAUAUUUAAAGCAAAUAUACAUUUGAUUUUUUUUAGUUUGUAAGAACUCUAGUAAAUUUUUUUAUAGUAUUAAGUGCAAUUUCUGUUCUACUUCUCGCUCUAAACAAAGAAAAAAGCAAAAACCAAGCUAAACGAACUCAAAACAAAGCAAAUCAAAAUGAAACUAUUAAGCAGAAUAUUCAAAACAGUAAGGAAGGUAGACAAAAAACAAAAAACAAAAAUAAAACCUAAAGAUAUGCAUCUUAAAAUAUUCAAGGCGUUGCAUCUGCACAUUAUAUAGGCAUAAAUACAAAACUAAAUAGUUAAAUUACUUGCAUAAUCCAUGUGUAAUUCAAAUCCAGAAAAAAAACCGUUUAAUUACAAGUUGUAUGUGUGUGUUAAAGCGCUAAGAGUUAAGUAUUAAUCGACUUCAUGCAUACGAGCGGCAAUAGUUGGACACACAGUUAAAUAUUCUAGUUGAUUAAGCACCACCCAUCCACCACAACCACCACCACCACCCACACCCUAAGCCCACACAGUCCACAGCCCUCCCAGAAACUCUCAAUCAUCUCUAUAGAACAAUUAUCCUUAUCCCAAAUCCAAGCCCAAUCCAAAACACGCUAAUGUAACAUAUAGAAAUACGGAGCAACUUAAACUUAAAUGUAGUGAAUUUUAAAACCAAGCAAGCAAACAAACAGACAGGUCGACAGACAUACAGACAGCAGUAAAAUAUCCACGAGAUACUAGAUCAGAUCUUAUUAACUAAACAAACAAAAAGAAACCGUCAUUAUUUCUAUUGGAGCCAGAAGGAAAACACUUUUCAAUCAUGUUCAAAUUUUUAAUACAUUGUUAAGUUGAUAUUUUCUAAAAAACAAACACACACAAAAACGAAAAAUGAGCAAAAUUCGUCUAUUAAUUAAUUUGUAAUGAACUUAUGACUAAAAUCUAAGAUUUAAAGGCAAAACAAAAAACUUUUUGCGUUGUGCAACUGUUGUGAAUUGUUCAAAUUACGGUAUAAACAUAAAAUACAAUGACGUCACAAAUGACCCAGCGAGGUUUGCGAGGAAAGAUAUAUAUUAUGUAGUAUCGGGAGGAAGCCAGAUAUUGAGAUUGUCGAGCAGGAGCCGAAGCAUUAUCGGGAACUUACGGACGAAGAAAAGAAAAUACACAAGGAAUUCUUAACCAAAUUGGAAGUACAAACUAAAGUCUAGAAUAUGUAUAUAUAUAACCAAUACACAGAUAAAGAAAAAAAAAACGAAAAAAGAAAAGUGAAAGUGAAUAAAAGAAAGCGAAGUGCAAUGGGAUAAAGAAUCCAAGUCGAAACCGAAUCGCGACGGUAGGAAGUUAUAAGGGAAAAAUCGAGGAAAGAUCGGGAAACUUGAGCUUAAGCGGCAAGAGCUUUAAUGUUUUUGAAAAUUGAUACAAAAAAAAGUUGAGGAAAGUUAAAGGAUACGGAAACGUUAUGGAAAGGCGGGAGAUUUGAAAAAAAAAAAAAGAAAACCGUUAAAGGGAGAUGCGAUGGAGACACGCAAGCGAAAAUUUCAUUGAAAUUGUUUGCCGUGAUUUGAAUGAAAUUCAUAAUGGUGGCCAUUUUGUGUAAUGCGAAAAAGUUUAACAACAUUUUUUACACUUGUAUUUCGUUUUUAUUAACUAUAAGUUUAAUCCAACCCACAACAACAACAACGUUUGUAACUACACGUAUAAAAAAACAAAGGAGAAAAGAAACAAAACAAAAUAUAAAGCUUGAAGAAAUAUGAAAUUGAAAACGGAGUUAAUGCAAAAUCAUUUUGCUUAUUUUUGUCUGUCGCCCGUCGCGGCAUCUAUUCUUUAUUACGAUUAUGAUUACGAGUAUGAUUAUUGUCAUCAUUAUUAUUGUUUUUCUUGCUAAUUUUCGUGCACCACAAAAAAAAAAAAAACAAA